CAGUCUACCGUCGUUGGCCGUACGUCGCACGCGCUCCGUCUGCCGCCGACACUCGACGUUUUCUAAACAUUUAUUUUUAUUUUUUUCUCUCACUAGUACCUAUACUAUACAACAAUAUAUUAUCAUCGCAGCGAUAAUAUUUUUUUUUCGCGUACGAGAUAUUCUACAUUAUUAUUUUUUUUUUUCAAAUAAUACUUACAUAAAAUUUAUCGCGCGCGUACCGUGCGUGUCCGCGUCCGUAAACCGUGCGCGUAUACCGGAUCGCGGCCGAAGCUCAAACGGGAUCCGUGCGAAUGUCGCAGCGUACCGCCGUCGUCGUGGUCAUCGGUACUUUCGCGGUGCCCGAGUGAUAAACGUAAUAUCGCGAUAUUAAAAUAUAUUAUCGUUUUUUUUUUUUGUUGUUUCGCGUUCGCUCUGCGGUCUUUUUCGUUUUUUUUUCCCCCUCCGUUUCCCCGUUAAAAUGAUACAAGUGGCCGCAACGCCGAUGAUCGUCAAACCGAAAAUCGGUUUUUCCAUCGAGUCCAUCGUGGGCGCGGGUUCUCGGUCGCCGGCCAGGAGCGAAGGUUCGUCGGCGGCGCAUGACGAGAGCGAGGCGUGCAGUUCGGCCGCCGGUUCGCCGCUGAACCCCGGCAGCGUGUCGCCGCCUCUGCCGCCGUCGCACCAUCACCAUCACCAGCAGCACCAGCACCAGCAACAGCAGCAGCAAUCCCACCAUUUGCACCACCAACACCGGCAGCAGCAACAGCAGCAGCAACACGAACAGGGCACCACCACCGUCUUCAAGCCGUCCGCGAUACCCGCGGCCGCCGCGGCCGGUUACGGGUCGUCGCCGUCUUCGUCGUCCGUGGCCGCGGCCGCCGCGCAGCUGGCCAAGGGGUUGCAGUACGUGCACGAGCCUCUGACGCCGCCGCCGCCGCCCGCUCACCCGCAUCCGCACAACCCGUUCGCGUUCGCCGCGGCCGCCGCGGCCGCCGCCGCCGCGCACCACUUCCAACCGAACCCGCAUCACCCGCAACACCAGCCCACCCGGGACACGUACCCCCUGUACCCGUGGCUGCUGUCCCGACACGGACGGAUAUUCCCGCACAGGUUUCCCGGAGGUGAGUGACGCAUAAACAGUUUUUUCUUUUCUCCCGUCGUAACUCCCGCGCAAUCGCAAUUGAAAAUCGCGCGGGUCUCCGGCACGCGUUGCGUCCCCGCGAGUGCAUAAACGUCGUUUGAAAUUUCCUCCCCCGGCCGCGAGUUUUCGCGUUUCCGCCGCAUCGCAUCGUGCGCCCGUCGGAAACUUACGCGCAAAUAACAUUCGCGGUCUGCAGUCCCGAACGCGUCACGCGGAGAAUAAUACCGUUACAGGUUUUCGCAGCGCGCACGUAGUCAGGUACGCGACUCCUCGGCGACACCCGUAAAGAAUCUAUACGCGCGUUUUUAUUAUUAUUGUUAUUUUUUUUUUUCCCCGUCGAAUUUCUCGUGUAACAACAUAAUAGGACCGUAAUCCCGGAGUUAUGCAAGGCCAUCGCAAUAUUAUUGUUAUUUGCAUUGUAACAGACGUUACAAUUAUUGUGUAAUCCGCGUACCCGCGGCGGGUCAUCCGAACGGCAAGGGUCGCCUAUACACACACACACACACACGUAGGUAAUAUAUUGUCCCGGGCGUCCGUCCGUUUCGCUCUGCGGACGACACUGCGGAGUCCGGCAUUUUCGGCGUGUAAAUUUCACUCUGACGCGAUAUAAUAGACGAAAAGCGGUGCCCCGCGCGCGCGCGCGCAAUAACACCCCGCCGCACGCGAUAAUAAUUUGUAAGAAAACCGCCCCCGCGGCGCGUCGGGUAUAUUAUUAUUGCUGUUAUUGCUGUUAUUGCUAUUAUUGCUGUUAUUAUCGUCGUCGUCGUCGUCUCCGUGUUGCGUGUAUCACGCCGCGACGCCCUGUACACUGCGUGUCCGUGUGCCGUGAACGGGAUUGCGCGUAUACACACACACACACCAGUGUUUUCGGCCGCAUUAUAUCGGCUCCCGAAAGGCCCCGUAUACGCCUACCUGCCCGUGAUAUUGUUGCACGCGGACCGUGUGCGCACAACAUUAUUUGUCGCAUUGUGUUGCUAAUGUACCGGGCGAGAAAAAAAAAGAAAGAAAACAAGAGUGGACCCAAUAAAAAUUUGUCCCGCGUGCGCGCGACAACAGCUAUUUACGCGUGUGUUUAACCGUGUGUGAAAACAACGCGCAAACGAUUCGCGGCGUGCGGUAUGUUGUCGACGGGGGGGGGGGGGGGGGGGGGNAAAAAAAAGGGAAAAAAAAAAAAAAAAAAAAAAAAAAAAAAAGGUGUUCCGGGUACGAAUCGCCUAGGACGCCUCUAUAUCAACAAUAUACGUAUGUAUAGACGCGCGCGCACUACCGUCUCCGGUACGCCAAUGCGCGGAAUCGUUGCGGCGCGCGUAUCCCAACGUCUCUCCGGGUACGGACAACGAUCGCAGUAUAGCCGGUGCCCGCGAUAACGCAACACAAUAUGUACCGUUUUUCAAUAGGAAUUGCGUAAAAAAGAAAGAAAAAAAAAAAAUCUCGGCCCUCCGGGCACCGUCAUAAUUCAUAUGACUGCCGUCCCCGAAACCGUGCCGCGAUAAUAUGUUUUACGGUACGCGUUCUCGGGGUCCUCUAUCGAAACGCUGCACACAAUCGUCCUCUCCUACGCGAGUUGAUAUUUUUCGUACCGUAUCGACACGCCGAUAAUAUAUUACAUAGGUAAGAUUCUAUUAUUGUUGUUAUUAUUAUUAUUAUUUUUUUUUUUUUUUUUACGAAACCGUAUCAUGUGACGUACAGUAUGAUACCGUUAGGUAUUUCCGCGCGACGGCGAUAUUCGGUAGGUACCUCUACGGCUAUUAUAGAACGUUACACGCGGGUAGGCAUAUAACGAGUAGAGUAUUGUCGUUGUCGUCGUUACUAUUAGGCAAUGACGACCGGCCGUUGUACACGCGGGGAAAAACGAAAAUUGUCGAUUCGAAUGUUAAAAUAUAACGCAAAAAAAAAAAAAAAAAAAAAAAAUCGCUACACCCGAGCGAGUUCCGUCCGAACAACGUUACUUUUACGCCGAUUCCGUCCGGAUCGAAAAUGUUCUUAUCAACGUUAAAACGCGCAAACGUUAGAUACGAACGAUUCAAACGUAGCACACACAUUGAUAAACGCGAAUAUUUUUUCAUCGGAUUUAAUUCGCGCACGACGCAAAAAACUAAUGGUUUACGUGGACACAUCAAUUCCUUUCAAUGUUAAAAUGCGGGGAAAAAAACUCGCACAAUAUCAAUGCGUUAAUAAUGCACGCAAAUUCGAUCGUUCGGUGCGAUAACUGCGGGUUCGACUGGGAUCGUGUUUAUUUCGGAAUAAUAUAAAAUUGUUACCGCGGUCGAACAUUUUACACCGCUACACUAUUGGCGCACGGUGUGGAGAAAACGCAAAACGGCGCGGAACUCGUGCGACUAAACGAAUCGCCCGGGGACGGAACUGCGGCGCGUCCUCGGAUUCAAAAUUUUACACCUGGGACGGAACCGAAAAAAAUAUAAAAAAUUACGCGCGAAUGACGAUGGCGGUCCGCGGUGUACGCCGCGUGCGCGUAUGGGACACACGCUUCCGUUUCGCGGGCCGUUUGUUUUCGCGCAGUACGCGCGCGUUGAAAUCUCGAGCGAUUCGACGAGCGGUACGUGUACGCGUAACGUCACACUCGCGCGAACGUUUACGCGCGUACAGGGAUUGUUGGGGGGUGGGGGGCGGGUAAGAGGCGUCCGCGGGAUCCGACGACUUUCUGUCGGUAAUCGCGCGCGUCGGUCGUGCGACGGGAAACCGCGAAAUCCCGACGGCGCGCCUUGUUAUAAUACGCGUGACCGCGGCGAGACGAAUGAAAAAUAAUGACGGCGUUCCGGGGUGUCGUGGGGGGAGGGGGNGGAGGGGGGGGGGGCGUAACCGUACGGUCCCCGCGACCCGGCGCGUUCGAGAAAUAUCUACGCUAUGGAUUCGGUUCGAGAAAUCGCCGCGGGUUUCAGCAGCGUACACGCGCACACGGCAGACCGAGGACUUUUCGGUUGGCCUGUUACGUAUAUUACGUUGUAGUUUUAUCGCUUGUUCGUCGGAAGCGUUGUUUGUUUGUUUACACCUGUAUGACUGCGGGGGAACGGAUUUAUACGUUGUCGUGCACUCGAAAUUCGAGAGAGAGAAAAAAAAAAAACCGCUCGAAACCGCCGUAAAAGCACGACGUCCGUAUCCGACAUUGCGGUUUGUCCCGAAGAGCCUUUUUUUUUUUUUUUUUUACUUCUUUUUUUUUCCCCCCCGUUUCGCAGACAGUUACCGUUUUCGAUUUGAAAGAUUGUUGGGGGGUUUUUUUUUUUUUAACGCCGCACGAAUUCCCCUUUUCGCAUAACACACGGUUUUCGGUCGUCGACUCGAAACAUUACGAGUACCGCGAACGUACACGAGCUGCGACCCCGUAGGACGCCACUGAAUUCAACUGUAUAGUGUACAACAUAUAGUCGAAACGGUGGUAUAAAAAUAAGUCGCGCGGUUAUCUUUAAUUACGUGAAAUACAAUUGGCAUUAUGUAUCUUAUAGAAUACUUGUAGUUUUCCCGUCCGGCGUUGCCCGGGCCAAUUUUUUUUUGUUUAUUUUUUAUUUCGUCCGUGUCGCCAAGAUUACCCGUCGCGGACAAACAAAAAUAAAUGAACACGCGAUUAGAAUGAAUUCGCGCUAAUUCUACCCCUUAGUGGUUUAAUGUUCAAACAUUCUUUCUUUGCGAAUGUAAAAGUAAAAGUUUGUUACGUUGAACCGAUUUCGAUGAACUUUGGUAUAGAGCUUGGUAUAUGAGAUUUUGGCGAAAAAUGCUUUUUGUCGCGAAAAUAAAAUUCGAAGGUGAACAAAUAUAGGGCUGCGGAAAUACAAUUAUUUUCGUUGAAUUACGGAUCAUCUAUAAGUAACACGGAUGAAAUGAAAAAAAAAAAAAAAAAGUGUACAAAAUAAAUAAUUAACGGACCGUAACAACUCAGGAUGACGAGUCUGUGUUAUAACCGACUGUCUGCCGGUCAGAAUAUAUUGGCUUGAAAUAGGACGGGCGCGUAAUCGAAACGCGAAAACGCGUGAAAUCCGUCGUCCUUCGAACCUUCGUCGUUUUCGGCGCCUACAGUAACAACACCGCGCAGUGCGGACACUUUUUGGUCCGACCGAAAUUUAGGCGGACUACCCGCCGUCCGUCACCUAUUCAUUAUCUUUUUCCCCGUUGUCGACGUGCCGGAUGUUUCCCGUCCGCUUCGCCCGUUUUUAUCCGGUGUCCCGCUUUACAUUUCAUAAACGCCGAAACACUACAAGGCCUGCCACAACGUUUACACCGUAACAGUACUAAAACCGUGUGUACAUAUAUACGGCCAUAAAGUCUAUUUACUCGUGUUUCGCGUUCAUUUCGUAUGCGCCCGACUCGCCGUACCGCGAGUGUAUUUACACUGCGCGACGUCGGUUUCGGCGCGCGCUGUCGUAUCCAUUGCCGGCACGCCCGGCCGCGACAACGGCGACUGACGGUUGACGAUGCCGGGGGUAAACGAAUAUCGUUAAAAUACCCCCCCCCCCGUAUCGUUAUGCCGUCGCUCGCGUCUCGGACGGCCGGACCCCGGUGCACACUGAAAACGCCUCGAACGACGCCCCCCGUACCCCGUAGCGGGCGUGUGAAAACAACGGACGCCGCGGCGUUUCCCGCGCGUCUGUAUCAGCGCGGUGAUUUUACGGGAUCCGUUUUCGCGCCUUUGCAAAAUGAUUAACGCGCCGGUUUUAUGUCGCCGUCGUCUUAUUCGGCGGUGUGCGGUGUCUGUGCGCGUACACGCACACACACUCGCGCGUACAGAUUACGAGAAGAGAGGGGGAGAGGGACAAUGUUGUGCGCAAACAAUCGCGCACCCGCACUCGUGCGCGCCGUCGAGUGAUUGAGUGAGUACACAAAUCGUGUUUGCCGCCGAGUUUUUACGCGGCCCGUUUUCAAUCGCCGGACGCGCAAGUACGGACUUGCCGACUCGCCACGUACUUGCGACGCGACGGCGCGCACGCGGCACCCGGAUCUCCGUCGACGGUACGCGUCAGCGUACACCGUCCCGCACCGGGCCGCGCCGCGUCGGACUUAACGGUUUUUUACGCAGUUUCAACGCGGUUUCCUUACCGGCUAAUUGUGCGCGCGCCGAAAUGCGUCGCCCGGAACAAUAACGCGUGCGUACUCGACUCGCGCGGCCCACGGGUUCGGGUUCGGCCGGGCCCGACGCCGUUUCGUGCGGCGGUAUAAUCGGGAAAUAGUAAACGCGUGUGCGGUGUUUUUUUUUUUUUUUCUCUCGCGAAUCUACCGCGUUGUUCGACACGUCGUUAUUGCGCUACGAUUGCGCGUCGCCACCGCGCUCGGUCUACACGCGUGAUACGCGUCGCGGUUCUCCGUCGUGCUGUCGGCAGUUCCAACGUCGGCCAAUUAGAAGCGGAGUACAACCCGCGAUAACAGGCGAAGUGAACAAACACGCGAGCGUAUCGAAAACACUGUACCCGUGUGUCUUUUGGAUUCUGAGCGAAGCGAGGAACGUAUCGGUCUCGUACUACACGGUCCGCGCGUGUCUACGCAGACAACUUUUCUAUGCGCGCCCGCGGAAAUCUCGUUCCAAUCGGAGAAACCCCGUCGGUAAUGUCUCGUAGCGUUUUCGUUCCGGCCGGCGUGCCGGGCGGACAGUCGUUUCUUUUCGAUUUCACUUGUAGUUGCCUUGAUAAACGGUAAAAUAAAACCGGCGAUUUUUGGCGAUUUCCGGGCAACAAUAAUUCCUGCCAAACGAUUCGAACAAUCAACACUCGUUGUUCGAAAUGACGGCUUAUGGCCGUCGCCGAUACAAAUCGUUUCCUACGGCCAGCACCUAUCGGCGUGCACAUGCAUACGGGUUAUAUGGGUAUAAGCAUUUUUUCGUCGUGCCCAACGACGUAAUGCGUGUAACAACGUUACGAUAAUAGGUAAACGCGUUGUAAAAUUAUCGUAAAUAAAAAAAAAAAAAAAAACUACCUUAACAAGGUACCAGGUAUAAUAAUAAUAAUAAUACGACGAUGGCUAUUAAUCCGUGCUCGUAACUGCAGUGGGUAUCUCGUCGUUCUUUCCGUUCAACGCGAUAAUAAUAUACAAUAUACCGCGUAACAUUGUUAUAAUGUCAUUUUCUCCCUCGCACUCCUCCCCCCCCCCAUCCACACCACCGGUUCUCCUCCUUCACGCCCGGCAAUCGGCUCCGGGCACACACACACACACCUAUAAUACCCUAUACACAUGUUAUUUGAACGAAAUAGCCGGCCAUCACACCACGCCGCGAUGCUGUUGCCGGCGCACGACCACCGUAUAAUAAUAUAAUUGUCGGGUACGCGACCGCGUUCGUCCGUACGGUCAAUUGCUCGUAACGAAAAAAAAAAAAAAAAAAUAUCACGGACGCUCCAUACUAGCGCGGGUCCGGAUUUCGGAUAUUUUUCGUCGGUUUUUUUUUUUUUUUUCAUACGACAUUUUUCCGCGCCGAAUUUUCCCACGCCGGACGUUCUUUCUCACUGUGUACGUGCGCCUGACGACGGUCCAUUUGCGCCGCCGUUCACUUGUACAAUGGCGUUACGUAUAUUAUAAUCGAUGCGUAUCGGCAGCUCCGGUGUCCGCCGUUUACCGCGGUUUCCGGAGGGCCGCGACCGACGACCGGACGACUCGUCGAUUUCAGAGGAAAAAAGAAAAAUUUUAAAAAAAAUUUAUAAUUACGCGGGGGCCGAGGGGGUGGUGGCGGGCUAUUGGCUACUGUGUAAAACGACCGGUAAACGAGCCGCCGUGCGCGAACGAUACGGUACGCAAGAGGCGGUUGAACACACGCGGCGCGCCUACUCCGCGGACCACCGAUUGCCGAGCCGAACACCGGUGUCGCGAUUAUCGCGCUUCGCACGCGGAUCGGUAAGGGGUGGGGGGAGUGGAGAAAAAAAACAAAUUUAUUAAAAUCGAAAACCGUCGUUCGGUUUUUUUUAUUUCCCGCGUUUCGGGCGCACGUCUACGGGUGUCGUCGUGUUGGGCAACGUCCGUUUCAGCGUGCAGCGGAACGUUUCGGAACGUUGUCGCGUUCUUUUCGCCCGGGUUUAGGGCGCCGGGGGCCCGGCGGGGCCGCGAGACCACGGGGAUCUCGGUUCUCGCCACCGCGGUGCGCAUUGAUUUUUAUUUUUUUAUCUAUACGCGGUUCGACUCGCGUAAAAAACGCCAAACUGCAUUUAUCGAUGUCCCGUGUGCGCGGCUUUCGACGUCAUGCACCCGCUUUUCGCCGAUGACCCUUACGGCGGAAUCCGUAUCAUGACAUUCACUGAUGUAUAUGUAUACUAUAUUGUCGUUUAUGAUAUUAUGUAUCGGUUUUUUUUUUAUUGUUUUUUGUCAAAAUACAUUACCGACUCGACGAUAAUCUUCAACAGUUAAUUUGUUUCUAUCGCGAUGUUUUUCGCGCGCCCCCUUUGAAAAUGCUGAGCGGAUCUCGCUCGAAAAUCCGGCCGACAUCGAGUUACAACGACCGUACGGGUCGGGGUUUUAACACCCGGUUCGCGGACAGUAAGAAACACGUACGAAAUCCUUAGUUUUAUAUUACGUUUCAUACAGUGCAUACGUACUGUAACUGCAGGGACGGGGGCGGUUCAUCGGUUCCGCCGGUUCUUAACAAGGAACCGAUUAUUAUUAUUUUCGGUGUCGGCAUUAUUUAUUUAUCGCGGUGACGAUUUAUCGGGCGUUUUUUUACCUUUUUUACUGUCACGCCAUACGGUACAGCGACAGCGUUGCCGAACAGCGUGUAUGAAUUAGCAUACCGAUUGUGUGUGCCGCGGCGAAACCCGGAGGUUCACACGCAUAUUUCGAACAUUUCGAAAAUAACGAACACCGGACUUUGGUAUUCGCGUUAUGCGCCUGUACGUCUUCGACCCGCUCGCCAAACGCGCCCUGACCGAAUGCGAUUUGCGAAACGGCGCAACCGUGCCGACGCGUUCGUACACCCACAACGGAAACGAUACCUAUGACAUUGUACCUGUGUAUCAGGCUGGUUAUGGAUUUGGGGCCGACGAAUACAUUUGUCGGGUUUGAAAGAGUCCGAACGGAAGUAACAUUUUUAACCACGCAUGCGGUAUAUGAUUACGCGCUCGGCGAUCUGUUUGUAUUUUCCGGAACAGUGUCGUAUUUUGUUCGUUCAAACUUUCCGCCUCGAAAUAUUGCAACGCACUGUCGUAGUUUCACGGCCGUCUAUAGUAGUAGACGCAGUCGGUUCGGUAAUGAAAUGUAACGUUUACGUUAUUGUAAUGAUAAAUACGUAUAAUCCGGCGUUUUUCAUUCGGUUUCGGUGGGCAAACACGGGGUCGAGGGUAUUCGAACCCUGUAGUGUUCGACAUAACAAUGACACACGGGGACGUACAGCACCGUCGGAGUAGUAGUAUACGUGAUUGGACACGUGAUUGUCGGUUUGCGGCAAAGAAACUCGAUAAAAAAAAAAAAAUAAUAAUAAAAAAACCUCAGUUUAUAACGUACAUACCCGUACGUGUUACAGACGUUCGUUUUGUAUUACAAUACGUUUUCGGGCAUCUAUUACGGUGUACACCUAACCGCGAUGUCGAAAUCAAUUUGCAGAUUUCCGCAGGUGCGCGCAUUUAGAACACCUUCGACAAUUUUUUUUUUUUUUUUAUUUCUUUAAACGGACUCGUUUGUUAAUCGCUAAUAAUUUUCGCGGCGGCCCCGGCCAUUAUUAGCGCCGUUCAUCGUAAUAACAAAUUAUAUUAUUAUUAUGCACAUCGUACGUGAGAUUAUAAUAUUUAUACGGCACGCCGCAGGCGAUAAUGAGCACGGCGCGCGUUUAAAACCGCGUUAACGAAUAUUGUCCGCGAGCCGGCAGCCGAGAUCGUUGUUUGCUUGCGUACGAUCGUUGGCGUUAUUAUUAUUACGGGCCUAUAAUGUUAUAAUCUGUGUGUUUAUACGUAAAUAUGUGUGAAAGAAAAAAAAAAAACUUACCUUAAACGCGUAUAAAUUUGUGCCUCGCGCGCGGGUACCUACGGUCGUAUCAAAAUAAUAAUCGACGCGUAGAAUUUUUCCCGUCUCCGAAUUUGACACGUUUUUUUUUUUUUGUUUUUUUUUUCGACCGGUCGAGCUACCGAAUUAUAUAUAAUAUUAUUAUUAUUAUUAUUAUUAUAAUUAUUAUCUCCUAUGUGUGUGUAUACAUAUAUGGGUACAUCGCACUGUACCAUCGUCGUAUACCGCGGUAAAUAUACGUGUACGCGCGCCUCGAGGGUGAGAGGGGCGGGCCGUAUAGGGGAGCGGGCAGGCGUUUAACACGGUUUUGAUUUUACAACGUGUGUCGUGUGGCUGCUGCUGCUGACGGCCGGCUUUCGGCAAUUCUCGUUCGGUCCGGUAAGAAUAUUGAAUACAAUCUCACGACGCGGAACGCACAUUAUAAUACACUGCUGAUACAGGCAAUAUCUGAUAUUGUUACGCCGCGCGUGGAGUAGUAUUAAUAAUAACGAUACGUCGAGCCCGGGGGGACGGGACGACGUCGUGGAGGGACGAGGCCGGAGAGAGGAGAAGUUGAUAAAAAAAAAAAAAAAAAAAAAAAAGGUAACGUCGCGGCGCUGGCCCGCGGUUAUUAAUUGCCGCUUUUCGUAUACCGGCGCGGCGCGCGCUGGUCGGGUUGGUUUUUUUUUUAGGAAAAUUUUUUUAUAUUUUUUUCGGGUCGCGGUUCUCCGGCGGGCGUGACUGUUAAUUAACAGCGAUAAAUUAGUCCGAGACGCCGCGAUAAUACGGUAUAAUAGGUACCUAGGUACAUAGCUGGUAUAUAAUAGUAUGCACCGUACGAUAAUACGGCGACGGACGGGCGAAACAAAAGUGAAAAUGAAAAAAAAACAAAUAAAUAAAUGUAAAUUGCCAUUGUCGAAACAAUCGGGUACGGGGGAGGGAUGUGGAAUAAUAAUAAUAAUACGUACGAGUGCGUGUGUAAAUAAAACUUAUUACACACACACACACACACACACACACACCCGAGGCCCUUGAGUAUGUAACGCGCGUUCCGCAGUUACGGGUACGGGUAUGCGCCGCCGACAGAUGGCGUUUGUCUCUCUCUCUCUCUCUCUCUGUCUCUAUCUUUUUCUCCGGAGGUUUCAUUUUUUUUUUUUUAAUAAUACAAUACAUGAUUUAGGCUUAUUCGAAAAUAUAAUUAUCGUGAUGUUAUCACGGGGGGGGGGGCGUUAUCGUAUACACGCGCGACGACACGUCCAGCUGUCUUAUCAACGAUAAUAAUUAUUAUACUCGUGCGUAUUGUAAUUAGACGCGGCCCGUCUAACUCAACCGACGAAACGUUAUUAUCGUCGGGUAUCAUUCGCGGACGCCUUUGUAUAAUUAUGAAUUUGUUACCGGCCGUCGUCUUGUAGUAGUGACACGGCGCGGAUACCUUACAAUACCUUAUUAUUAUUAUCGCAUUGCCUGUAUUAUAAUUUUUUACUCGUUUUUUUUAAUUAUUGUAUAGUCGAUACGUGCUUAUAUCAUUUACAUUAGGUAUAGUAGUUUUGUGCGGCGCGUAGGUAUACCGUAACACAAUACGAGUACGUACGUAUUAUAUUAGGUAUACGUGUAUAGGGUGGUCCCCGGAGAGGCGGUGCCAAUUAAUUUCGACAAAACAAUAGAGGCGGAUAAAAAACAAAAAAAAAAAAAAAAAACACAAACGGAAUAAAUAAUAUAAUAACGAUUAACUUCCCGAAAGAGUGUUUUUUUUUUUUUUUUGUUUUAAUAUACGUGGACAGCUUCUUAUUAUGCCCGAGCCAGAUUAAAUUACGAGAAUAAUAAUAUAAUUUAUACGCGUACUUACAUAAUAUAUUAUAAGUACAUAUCUAUAUAUAGUUAUACAAUAUGACUGCGGCAGUACGAUACACACAUAAUGCCGCGUCGAGUCGGUAGAAAAAAAAAAAAAAAAACCCGGCAAUUAACCCGUUUAAAUUAUACCGGACGCCGUUUGUCUAAAAUGAUAAUAACAAUAAUAAUCAUACGUACGUAAUAUAAACGAAACAGAAAAAAAAAAAAAUAAAAACCGAUAAUAAUCGUCGUGCGAACGCGCGCGGUGGUGGUGGUGGUGCAGCGUGUUUCGUCCGUAUAAUUUUCCGAGGCGGAGUUCGGUUUUUUAACAAUUUUUUUUUUUUUAUAUAUACAUAUAUACGUAUUUAUAUAUACCCGUAUAUUUCAUGUGGGUAUUAUAUAUAUACGCACGUCAUAAUAAAAUACCGCGAAGUUUUCGGACCGGGGGGGGGGAGGGAGCCGGGGAAGGCGUACGACGCGCGUCAUGUAAAUAUUGUAUAUAAUGCGUUUUUCAUUAUUUUUUUUUUUUCGGAUUCAAAAACAAAUCGUUUCCGGUAAUUACGCGAUAAUAUUAUUAUUUUAUUGCGUGCGGUGUGCACCCUGCAGUCAUAAACGUACAACCAUACUCGUUAUAGGCGCGUCGUUGACGAUAAAAAAUGAUUACGUUGUCCAUACGUGUGAAAAUCGUUGUACACAAUCGAAAUCGACACGCCAAAAUAUCCAUAUAGGGGUACCCUUUAAUACACCCUGUAUAGAGUUUGUUACAGAGUGAGUGUUUGUACCACAGCACGUUACCACACUAUGCGUAUUCUGCAGUAUUCAUUCCGUUUAAUGUUCCCCGUAAUGUUUAACCGUGGAUUUUUUUUUCUUACAAAUUUGUAUAACCAUUUACAAGACUAGUACAAACCGUUUUAAAAUUCUCGAGUGAACUGCAGAUUUCGAUUUUUUUUUUUUCCGUUAGGAGGCGACGUUCUACUAUAGGCGCGUUGGACUUGGAUUUUUGAUUUUGUGGUAAAAACAAAAAACAACUCAAUACUGACAAAUUAAAUAACCUCGGAUAUAGGACCCGAGCGAAUUAAAUUUAUUUUCGUUUCGACGUAAUCACGACAGAAACCAGAAUUCAACAAAAAAUAAAAUCAAUCGUUCAAAGUUAAAAAAUUCAAGCGCGAGCACUUAUAAUAUGUUUAGGACCGAACCACGCGGGAUAAAAAGUAACCUUAUAGUUAUGUACUGUUUCCGGGAUAUAUGUUCUGCUAUUAUAUUAUGUUACAUAUUCUUAGCUGUUCAUGUUCUGAGCACGGGACAAUAUGCAAUUGAGUACCGUGAACAGUGUAGUUUUAAAAAAAAAAAAAUGCUCUUUACUAGUUUUUUAAAAAAAAUUUCGAGCCGCUUAUUUCAGAGUUAUAACGAAGUUUUUUUGAACGCGUUUUUGCGAGUUUUGAAGUGCUCAAAGUCCAGCGAACCCUGCGGUUAUAAUAAUGCGUGUCGCGCCUACGCGUCGAUCGGACGAAAGCCGUAACAGAAAUAACAACAGUGUUAAUAUUUCCAUAAAAAAAAGAACGGACAGACUUCGAACGGGGGCACAGCUACUGUUGUAGGUGGAAAGUUGGCAAGGUAGCAUACUGACAGGAAUUUAAUGUAUAUCUGUAAGCAACGAUAAACCAUUGUUAACGUAGAAACGAUUCUGCAGAGCGGAGUUCAAUUGAUUGUGUUGCUUUGUCAUCGAUUAUAUGCUAUAUUACUAUGGUAAAAAUGAUUAUAAAAAUGUGCGAUUCCCUGGCAACAAUGAUUGUUUAAAAAAGAUAAAAAUAAUAAAAAAUUAAUAAUAACAAAAAAUAAAUAAAACCGGUUGCCUAUGAUAACCUUAUUUUUAAAAAUACUUUCAAUCUUUUUUCUAACCUACAGCACCAGGUUUUCCUAAUUAUCUCGAAUAUUAAUGAGAAUUUCGAAAAAUGACCUCUUUAAAGUACCACCCAAAGAAAAUUUCCUUUCAGAAAAGAUGCUAUACUUGAUAAUCGGAGUAUGCUUUCUGGUAGAAAAAGUGUUUACACAAAAAAAAAUAAUAAUAAUAAUAAACAUUACUGUAAAACCAAUAAAUUCCUCGCUCUACUCAGAAUUUAAAAAAAAAAAAGAAUAAUAAAAUUACCCGCUUUUCAUAAUAAUAUUAUCGAUUAUUUUCGACUAUAAUACACGCGCACACACAAACAUAAUAAUUGCGGUUUUCGCACGAUACGCAUACGGUGGCGAUUAGCCGACUAAACGAAUCAUUCGGCGUUAUAACUUAUAAUAAUAUUUACUGGUGGCAGUAUACGUAUAUACAGCGGACUGGCGUAUUUUAUACGGUUUUUUUUUUUAAAAAAUUUUCCUAUAUUAAUGCGUUUUGUUAUUGCGCCUCCGCCCAACCCGGUUAUCGCACUCCCCCCACCCCCCGUUAAAUCCGAUAUAUUCGACGUUUAAUAAUAUUAUACGCAUUAACGCCCUAAAACCAUCAUACGCAUUAUGCUAUACAUACAUAUAGACCCGUAUAAUAGCCGCGUGUGUAUACUCGUGUGUGUGUGUGUGUGUGUGUGUGUGUGUAUAUAUAACAAUCAAACCGUUAUAUCGGUUUAUUACGCCCGUUAUAUUGUUCGAAAUUCGAUAUUUAAACAAUAAUAUAACAAUUUAUACUCGCGAUAACGCGUAUGUACAACAAACGAAUAAUACGCGUGAAACAAUGUGCCGAACCUGCGCGAUAACCCCGUGUACCGCGACAACGGAUAACAAAAUAUUCAUAAUACGCGUCCACGGUAAUAAUGUAGCGAUAUUGAAAAAUCACCGGAUAUCGGAGGACCGGAGACGGGGUAAAAACAGACGGCUACAGCGGUUAUAUUGUACGCAUCUGUAGCCCUCUGCUAUAACACAAUGUCAGCUACCUAUGUCCGGAGAAAAAACCAUUAUUUCAGAUACCGUCUGAAUACAAAGGCCGCGAUGGACACGAUGCGAACGAACAAACCGAAAUCCACGGUUUUACACUAUUACGGCCGGACGUGAUGGAACACGAUAUUUUCAAUCCGCUAUAUAGGGAAAUGGUCUGUGUUGGGAGGCCCGCGGACGAGGUCGGAAAGACGCGAAAGCUCUAGGGGGCGAACCGAAUCGGAAGAGCUGGCUGAACAAUAAAUUGGUCGUGAGACGGGCAGUGCUUUGGAGAUUAGUCGCGAAUAAACCCAAGUAAAUCGAUCGAUAUUCGGUAAUUGUAUUGUAGCGAGUUUACGGUACAGUAUUAUGAUGAGCACGCGAUGAACUAUUUACCGGACGGAUUUUAUUAUUCUGGUUUUCGGUUUAAUGGCCGCGGUAGGGCGAUUUGCGAGAAACGUUUAAGAGAGGCAAGAGAGUUUUUAUCGCGGCCGGGAUUCAACCCCUCAAACGUUAUAUUUUAAGGUUAGGUUAGGUAUAAAUGUAAAAUCACGCGGGGUGCGUUGUAUUGUCGCUUAUUGUAUGAUAUGUGUGUGUGUGUGUGUGUGUGUGUGUGCGUGUUUAUAUAUCAUAGUGUUGUCGUCGUUGUACUGCGCAAUAUUACGCACGUAUAUUCUAAAGCGUAUCUUCGCCGCAUCAAAAAAGGGAAGGAAAUAAUACAAUGUAAUGAAAUACUCUCCUCGAAGGAGUAGAAGAUAAGAAGCACAGACGCGUAGAGAUAACGGCGCGCACGGUCUGCCACGACGGUCCACGAAAGAGGUGUGCGCGCUGUCGCCUACACCACCGUGGCUACAAUAUAAAAUAUACGUUUCGGUUAAUUUAUCAUCACGAGACUAUCUCGUUGUCCAAUUGUAUAUUCUAAUGAAGCUGUUAACGCGCGCGCGCACAUUACAAUACGUAUUAUACCACGAGGGGGGAGGGGAGGGGUAGGGGGAUAAGAGAAAACAUAUUAUAACGCCGGACGCUCGCGCGGGGCCGACCGGCGUACACGUUCGUUUAAAUAAUAAUAGUAAUAUUAUUAUUAUUUUUAUUAUUACUUUUUUUUUUUUUUUUUUUUUCCUUCUAAUAUAUUCCGAAACGGGUUUGGAAAAUAAAUUCAUCCGACACCGCGCGCCGCGCCGCCGUUGAACGUACACAUAUUUAUACACGCAUAUUUCGGUGUACACCCGCGCAACACGGGUGUACAAUAUUUUAUCGCGCCGUCGCGCGGGCUUUCGAAUGCAAUGCUGGCGGUCCGGUGUGGGGGCGCACGACGUCGUGAUAAUGCUGAAAAUAACAUAACAACAACGUGACGGGCGCGACGUGAUACGUCGAUUUUCGGCGCGAUCACAACGGUACACGCCGUCGCGGACCCCGUGCCGGGGGGGGUCGUCUCCGCGCGCGACACAAUGUCCGCGUUAUUGUCACGAGUGCCGUGACGUCCGGUGCGCCUAAACGCGAACGCGGAAUCGUUACCGUACCGUACCGCGGUAACGGUUUUACGCGACCGCGAAUAAAAUGGAUACGUGGGGGGGGGGGGAGGGGGGGCGAAUGCCGCGUUCGGAAAACGCCGUGGGCGUUACGCACACGCGCCCGCCGCAGUGUCUUAUGACGCAGACGACCGUGACAUUGUUUCCCGGCGAUAUUGAUUUUUAUUUUCGUUUUUUUUUUUCCCUCCAGGACCGGACAUACCGGGAUUUCUGUUGCAACCCUUCAGAAAACCCAAAAGAAUAAGGACCGCGUUCAGUCCCAGUCAGCUGCUCAAGUUGGAACACGCCUUCGAGAAGAACCAUUACGUGGUGGGCGCCGAGAGAAAACAGUUGGCCCAAUCGCUGAGCCUAACCGAAACUCAGGUGAGUGCCGUCUAUCCCGGCAAAUAACAUAAACGUAACAAUACCGUGUCAGGAGGUCGUAGAUCGACAGGUAAACUUACAAUAACCCACUUAAAACUCCCGGGCGUAGACGUUUCGAGUUUUUUUACUCCGAGGACCGGAAAUUAUUCCCGAGGAGGAAUUUCAAAAACAAUUCGAACACAGCUCGAAUUCAUAUCCGCGCUGUUUGCCGCUGUAAUAACACAGCGCACACUCAUCAAUAAUGUAUCGCAUUAAUCGCGAUAUUAUUUUGCCGCGCAUGUAUACACGAUUUUUUAUAUCAAAAAGUUGUUUUUGUUAUUUUCGAAAAUUUCACGCUGAUUUCACUAGCUCUAACGCAGUGCCAUAAUACGGUACAUUGUGUUACUGUACAAGGUCCCGGGAGGGAGGCAUUAUUUUUUGUCUGAUUUAGUUUAAUACGAUUUGUUUCGAAAAAAACCCCCUAGGGAUGAGGAAUUGGAAACGCGAAUCCACCAACCACCCCGUGAUAACGCCACUGUUCUAGCGAAUACCGACCGUCGACAUAAUAUGAUAACCAGGCACGGAUCCAGAGCAAAGAUCCGGGGUGAGGGGAGGGCCCGACAAUUUGUUUACAACAAAUACAAUUAAAAUACAAUACAACCAAUCAUGUAUAUUAUUUUCUCGUAAAAUUCUCAUACAAAAAUCGGAGAAAUAAUAUGUACGGGGGGGGAGCUGGACCGCCAGACCCCCUCCCCCUGGAUCCGCUCCUGAUCAUAACGCAAUUCUGCUGCAGCGUUCGCAUAGAUUUCUUAUAUUUGAUAUAAAUCAUAAUACCGUACAGGUAAUCGUUUAAAUGUUCAAUAAGUACGGUAUUAUUGAUAUUCAAUGUGUAUAUAUAUAUAUACACCAGCUAUUGCGUCUAGCACGAGUCCCGUAUGGCGUCCGCAAAGAUUUCUUACCGUCAAUAAAUCACAACGAAAAUAAUGGUAAUCGUUCAAGUGUACUAUCGACGUUUAUGUUGCCUAUUCAUACGCGUUGUUAUACUCGUGUACAUAUAUUUUUUUUUUCAACGCGGUUAUAAUCAAAAUCACAAAUUAAACAUCGGUUUUUUUUUUUUUUAAUAUUAUUUUUUUUUUUUCCUGUAGAUACCUACAUCUUUUUAACAUGCGCGAUAGUAAAUCAAUACCCGCAGUACGCACACAACACGAGUAUCUAUGUAAUUAUUAUUAUUUACGCGUUCGUAUAGCAUUACGCGAUGAUAAAAUACCGCGCGGAUACUUUUUUCGAAAACUUUUCUUUCCCCCCUCCACCACCUCCUACCGUCAUUCAUAAUCGUAUUAUAAUAUUUCGUACCACGACCUGUAUCCACGCCUACUACGGCGCGUGCGUGUGUUUAUAAUCGGAUUGUAUCCGUCAGUGAAGAGCUCAACGCGGCUAUUAUUGUUGUAUUUUUUAUUUUAUUUUUUUUUUUUUGACGUUAAGCGCGCGCAUCGUAAGCGAGGGAUAGCCGAUAGUGUUUUGAUACCUACACUACAACACGCAUUUUAUAUAAACGGUUUGACGUCUAAUAUUGUCUCUGUUGUCAACGCGGGCGUCAGACGACGCGAAAAUAUAAUUUGUAUUUUUCGUUAUGCGCGCGAGGGAGAAAAAAGAAAUGUUAAAAUUUAAAAAAAAAAAAAAAAACCACUUCGUUUAGACGUUCAAAGGUAUUAAAAACGUAUACGUACGAGUACGCUUAUACACGUACAUAAUAAUAGUAUAAUAGAUGCAACGACGCGCGGUUAUUAUAUAAUAUAAUAAUAUAACGUAGCCUUUUUUUUUUUAUUUAUUUAUUUUUUUUUUCCUGAAAGGAUUGUGAACGGUGCGGAGGAUAUUAUUGUUAUUGUUAUUAUUAUUAUGGGAGUCAGAUUAAACUGGUAUCAACUCGGUAAUCGUGUAAAGUAUACUGCGGACGUCGAACGAGGGGAUGAAAAGAAAUCAUAAUGGCCGCCGCUCUCUCGUCGUCACUAUAUAUAUACUUGUUGUUUGACAAGAGGGUGUUGGUUAACGAGUGAGCGCGGUUGUUGGAAAUAAAAAUUAAAAAAAAAAAAAACGGUUUAGAAAAAAAAAAAAAAAAAAAAAACUAUAAUACAUUGAACACACAAUAUAAUAUUGUUACACACCUAUACAUAUGGUAUUAAACUCUCGAAACGAAAUACGUUUUUAAUUGUAUUUCUUGUAGCGCGGGGCUAUAAAAAAAAAAAAUUAAAAAAUGAUUUAAUUGUUAGCAUCACGACGUUAUUAUCGUCAAUCGACCACCGCGGUGGUAUUAAUUAUUAUAUAUAUAUUUUUUUUUCUUUUUAUCUUUAUGUCGUUCUUAAUUAUUAUUAUCGGCACUGUGGUUAGUGUGUACGUAUUCGUGUACAAAACGGUCGGAGAUUUUAUUAUUUUUUUUUUUUUUUAUUACAAUAUUAUAAUGUCCCCACGGAAUAUAACGUCAGAUCGACUAUUAAAAAACGUUAUUUGAUUAACGCGAUGGCCUAAUUAUUAUAAAUAAUUAUUCUACGUUGACUUGCGUGCACACUAUACAUACGCGUUAAUACUUCUGUUACACGAGUUUAUUAAAUAUCUUACCGCUGUUCCCGGUGUCGGAAUUCGGGCGGGAGUCGAUUGACCAUCCCGAUACCGUUUUUCGAAAAUGUAUGUAACGCACCCCCCUCCCCACCCCAUUACGAUACACUCUCGAACCCGUACUCGCGCAAUCGCUGCAUAAGGGACGCUUAUUUCGUUUCAAGUCUCAUAGUCCCCGCUCUUGGUUUAUUUGUCCGAUAUAAGAGGGAGGGAGGAGGUGGUCGGCGUGCACAACGAGAAAACAAUAAGUCCGUUUUUCGAAAUCGUUCAAGGCAUAGAAGAACCCGUUUACCCGCGAGACUGGACCUCUCAGCUAUACGUGACGUAGAUAAAGAACAGAAUUCAGUAUAUAGGUACUGUAUGCAGUGUACACAAUAUGCAUUGCAUUAUAAUUGUGAUUUCGAUAUUUAGAGAGACGAUAUCGUAAUUUAUUAUAAUUGUCGCAAUAUUUAGUUGACCGAUUUUUAUUUUAUUAUUACAACAAAUUAUGUAAUAAUAUUAUUGUGUCGUAUUAAAUGUCGGUACACACAUACGAUAGCGCGUACAUUAUAUUGUUUAUAGUAUAGCGGAACGAAAUUUAAAAAACGAGAUGAAUAUAAUAUGAUAUUAUGCUUUGCGCAUCGACUGGGCGCUACUACAACUAUAUAAUAUAAAACAUAAUUGGUUCGAAAAAUGAAAAAAUAAAGAUUUAAUUUCGAAAAAUUUCCAUCAGCUAUACAUGAAAUAGAGUGCGAUAAAAGAUUUGUAAACAGUAGAAAAAAAUAAUAUAAAAAUUACGGCGAGUGACGUCUCACAGGACUUGCGAGACUCCUGUCUUUACUGUGCACAGUCGAGACACCCGGUAACGAGAUUUGGGGGGGGGGAGUUUCAAGUGAUUAGGUCGCGGCACCGAUUAUUCGUCUGAAGCGCCUAAGCGGGUAACUGGUAGCAAACCGUAGUAACCGUAUGUACCUAGUUUUAGACGACUUUUUUCAGUUGAUUUAUAAUAGACGAUUUUUUUUAUUCUUUGUGUGUUAUCGAUCUUACGUAAAUGAUACUUUUAAAAAUAUUAUAAUUACUCGACGUACAUUUCACACGCGUUAGUUUUUUACAUAACGUAAGAUUAAUGCGAUGAAAAUAUUUAAACAUCGUACGCGUGCGCGUGGGAAUACUCAGCCCGGAAAUCUACGAAAUAAAAAAUAAAGUCCGAAUUUCGAGUUUCUCCCGCCCUCACCCUCCGACGCACAAAGCAACUUAUAUAUUCGCUUUUCAAAUAUAUAUAUAAUAAUGAUAUCGUCGACUAUCCGGCAAAACCUCGUAAACCGAUAUUUUGACUACGUUUUUUUUUUUCCGGUUUGUUGGGCGGAUAUUUUUAUUGAGACUGCGGAAAUUUAUCGCCGUUCGUCGGGUUGCAAUAGUCGCGAUCCCGUAAUCGUACGUUUAUACACAAUAUUUCAGAUCUCCGCGACCCGGACAUCGUAUGCAUGGUUGUUUGCAGUUUUUCAAACGUCGUUAUUCUAGAAAAAAAGUUGACCGUCGUAGAAACGUUCCGAAAAAUUACUGCACGAACAAAAACGUCCCCGCGAAGUUUUUUUUGUUUUUUUUUUUAACCCGGAUAACAUAAUCGUCUCAACGGGCGAGGAAAAAAACACACAUGCACACUGAAAUUUAAACUGCACGCAUACCAGUAUAAUUGCAUGCUGUUAAAGUUGUGUAUAGUACCCGCCUAUGUCCUAUAUAGAUUAUAAUACAUUAGCCAUACCGGAUUGCCGUACACGACUAUCGCGAUACCGUCACCCCAUACACACACAUAUUAUAAUAUCAUAUACAAUAUAAUAUAAUAAUCAUAAUGCCUACAUCGUUUUUUCCCCCUCCCCCCUCGCCCAUUUAAUAUACGCGCGGUAAACGCCACAGCAGACCCCGUUCGGAUCCAUUACGGAAAAAAAAACGGGGGGGGGCGACCCGAUGAAAAAAAACCGAUCCCCGCGGACCCGUUUUGCCGUCGUCCGAUUGGAUUGUCUUCGACAUAAUACAUAUAAUACGCGUUUAUAAUAUUCUAUGGUCGCGCGGUGUAUAAAAUAACACUCGUGUAAAUUAGCUGUUAUUCUCUAGACCGUCUCGCUCGCGCUCAUGCGCGCACCCCGUACACACGCAUACAAUAAUACUGCAGGGGACGGACUCACGCCGUACACCUCUGUAAAUGUUCGUAUACUGCACUUUUAUCCGAGGGGAAUAUUUCGAGUGCCCUUCCGGGACCGUUUCGACCAAUGGUUGAGCGUGUAAUAAUAAUAAUAAUAAUAAUAAUAAUAAUAUUGCGUGUAUAUACUAGGGACUAGUGCUUCCGCACCCUCGAAAACUCGGUACGCGCGUAUUAUAGCCGCGGUCGCGAGGGCAAAUUAUUGUAAUAAUAACGCGAUGCAAUAUAGCAUAAGAGGCGAGUCGUUAAAUUUUUUUUUUUUUUUUUUUAAGCGACGUCCAAUAACGGCGUUUUAUCGACGACGCGCGCACGCGAAACCGUCGUCUCUCGCUUCUCGGCUCGUCUGCGGUUGCGUACAUUUCCGUCGUGUAUUGAUGCGCUAACAUGUUCUGUACGAUGAGAUUUCGUAUUCGUACACCGGACACCCGCCUGUACAAUCGGUACACGAGUGUGUGGGCGUCAUAAUCGGCCGAUAAGUUUUUUCUUACUCGGGUACACAAUGCAUUGUACCAAACGUACCGAACGUGUUAAACAUGUUACAAAGCGCAUUUCCGCCGCCGUCCACUCGAUGAACCGGACAACGGUCCACGGUAUUUUAAUUGAACCGACUGUGUUAUUUCAUCAGUCGCCGUGUCAUUUCCGACCGUCAACGACGCAUCGCCGUCUGCUGGCCGUGUGACGAUUUUCCCGCUCCGAAAAAAUCCGGAACGCGAUUCCUCCGGCGUUAUCCGCGACAUGAGAAAUCGUUAUCCUCUUUUUACACCGCACCGGUGUAAAUCACGCGCCGUAACGUUAUAAUUUUUCCAACCGCACCGCGGCUACUCGCAAAUUUCGAAUAUCGACGCGCGUGCCCGUUUGUAUGUAGGCUAUUGGAGUCGAUCGGACGGAGCAGGCGCAGCUAGGACUACCGCGAACUCGCGCGGGUCCGUUUUGAAUUGAAAUUAAUCAUAAAUAAAUACGCCGCAGUUGUCAACGACGGCCGGCCGAUCAUGAAAAUAGUUCGUUUUUAUCGAACUGUCCGGGCCUGUUAUGCCGUUUCGGAUACAGUCGUCCGGUUCGCGGUGUUUUAGCCGCGGGCGUUCCAAAAAACGACCGCGAUACGUCAUAUGCAUACACCGGCCGUGUGUCCCGCACGGAAAUCAAAACGUCGAAAAAAUACCGCCCGAACAAACGGACGCGCAGAGACGACGGUCCGCGCUAAUUUUUUAAACCGCACCGUACAUUGUUGUAACCGCGCAAACGAAAUUUCGACGCUAUACGAUUUUCCGAAAUCUUACAGCCCGGCAUUAUGAACGCCCGCGUCGAAAUCGUUCGAACACCGACCCCGCGCUUUCGACGUGAACAGGACCGCGCGCUGCCAAAAAAUAUUUUUUGUUGUCCGAAACCGUGCACACAGUGUAUAAUAAUAACAAUAAUACGGCGAGUAUAUAAGGCGCGCGGCGGACGCAAUUAAACAAAAAUAUACGACGAUUAUAUAUGUAGGUCGCGUUUGUUCGACUGAAAAAAAAAAAAAAAAAACCAACCGGAAUCGAAUACUCCACUCGCCGACGAGACGAUUAUUUUGGCACUAAUUUUCGUCUGUUUAAUACGCGCGCGAAUUCGCCGUGAACGGAAUUUAUGACUCGCGCGUCACGUCGGACAAUGCGAAAAUAUAUUCGGGUGUAAUAUUAUUUUUUAUGUUUUUUUUUUUCUCGCCGACGUAUUUCAUAUUUAUUACCGUCGGGUUUCGCGAAUGUUUACGCCAUUUUUUUUUUUUAUUAUUCGCAAUAUUGUCGUUAUUAUCACUGCCAUACAACGGAGAAGCUAUAUUAGCUGCAGUAUUGUAAUAUAUUAUACUCGUAUCCGACCGGUUUGGCGUUUUUCGGUCCCCACCCUCCCCCAUCCACCUCGCCGUAGUAAUACCGACGACGAUCCUUAUCAUCGGAAAUUAAUACGCUAUAUUAUUUAAUUCGCCGGCUAAAUAACUCACCCCGACCGUCCGUUAAAUAAUCGAAAUAUUCGAGACCAGUCGUGUACGCCGUAAAUACGCCUGCGCGUAUACAUGCGAAAACGCCAACACGGGGCGCGUACACUCGUGCAGGUACAAUAUCCGAUACGGCACUGAACAGCUCGUCUCAAUGGAAGUCGCCGCGCCGAAAACGAUAAAAGGUCGACUUUUACUGUUUGCGCGACCGUCUCGGAUUUCCUCGGACACCUUUGACGAGACGACGAAUGCAAUGCCGUGGCGCGCGAUGACGAAAUAAAAACAAAACCGUUCGGGACAACGCGCGUAAAAUACGUCUACUCGACGUCUCGCGCCUUCUAUUUUCCACCCGACCUCACACCAUCUCGCGUUAUUUUCGGUUUCGAACGGUCGCCGAUCAACUACGCCGUCCCCCGGCCAUCGUUAUCCCGUCUCCCGGGCUCGUUCCGGGGCUCCCGGCCGUCGCCGCGUUUACCGUUUAGCUCGUUCUGAACCGCGCGAGCCGCGCGACGUCCCGCCCGUCGCAAUCGUCUCGGCCUCGUUACUUCGCCUACCGUCCGUGUUCGCGUACAGUUUCGCACGUCUACGUUUCUCCGCUCCGCUCUGCGCCACUGCACCGCGGCGCUCGACGAUUGACGGCGCGCCGUUCGACGUGUUCGCCCGCCGCCCUCGAAAUCGCGUUCGGCCCGGGGCUUUUCAGUCGCUUCCCGGUCCCGCGCGACGGCGGGCAGAGAUGACGACGAGACGCCACGAGCGUCGGCUCGUCGGCCGAAAACGAAGCGCGCGACGCCUGUACCGGCACGCGCGUGUCGCGGCAACGGACGCCGCGGUGUUGUUGCGACGGCCAUUUUGAACUCUGACGGGCGGUGGUCGGGAAGGGGGAAACGGUCGGUCCCGAAAAACCGUUUUUCGGCGCGCGCGAUAAUAUUGUAGUUUAUCACGGCCAUUGAGUGCGCGUUAUAAAUUGUCGGAGGAAGUGACGGGCGGACGAUCGCUCGUUUUAUUCCGAAGCGCACAAUGCGCGCGCGCGCGCGUCCGUUUAAUAAUAACAACGGCGAUGCCGACGACAAUGUAAUAAUAAUAAUAAUAAUAAUAAUAUUAAAUAUAAUAUAAUAACGGCGCGCCGCGGGCAUUGUGCGCGAAAAACGUUCCCCGGGGACGACUUCGCGGGCGACCGGCGCGCGCCCGGCCGCCGUCCGCGUUUAAUGUACCGGAAAACUGAGCUUGUUUUUGAUAAUGAGAGGGCGAAUUUCCCGACCCUCCCUCUACCACCUACCCCCCCCCCCAGCCCUCUCUCCUCCCUCCCUCUCACUCCCCCUUCCGCCCAAACACACGCGCACAGAUGUUGCGUGCGGCUUCGGUAGAGUCCGUGUUAUUGUUGUUAUUAUACUCCCGUGUCUCCUACGAUAUGUAUGCCUACGCGGCUGCAGGGGUGGCGAACGACCCCGUUCGUUCGAUUGAACCUCGUGUACUAUGCGAAAUAUUAUUAGCGUUGUAAUCAUAUAAUACGGUGCGCGAUAAGUACGCGCGUGCGUGACGUCGGACGGCCGUUUGGCGUGCACAAACGUAGGCGCUCGCCGUAGAAAAUAUCGUCGGCGAUAAACAAUAAUAAUGAUAUUAUAGACCGGAACAUCCGCUAUAGCGUCCGCACGCGCAUUAUACGCUGUCAUAAUGUUUUCACCGGUAGCUUUUUAUCUCUCUUAAAGUUACAAGUUUUAAAACAAUUCGCUUCUUCUCGCGUGCCGCGUCCUCUUCUGCUCGGACCGUUACCGCAAUAUCACGCGCCACCCGUCGUCCAUUUGCUAUAUUAUACUGUCAUAUCCUGUGUGGCCCAUACGUCCAACAGAUAUCGCAUAGCUUCACUUGCUCCCGGUUCGCCGUACUCUCGAACCCUUUCCUACGCACCGUCAACCACUUUCUGGACCCGCCACCGUGACCUUUUCCCUUGAGGCGACCGUUCGGAGUUAUUGCGGCUGGUUAUUACAGCUGAAUGCGUUCGCGUAGUGACCGAUCUCGUCACAACCGCACGGGCCCUUUUUAAGCGCCCCGUCGCAUCUAUUACGUCUGCGGUUAUCUACGACUAUCUAUCGAACACUCCGGGUUCGCAGAUUUUCCUCCAAACUUUGUUUUGUUCCGAAAUCUUUUUCCGGCGUACUCGGUCGGGUCCGGGUCUCCGCGUGAUCCACGACGCCUUAGAGCUUGUCCUAUCGUACGGCUAGAUACAACGUAUACGAAGUACGUCUACUCGUUUUCACUCGACGUGUUAAAGUUCGAAAUUUUCAUCUAUAACGCGCGUAUUAUACGGGUUUUCAGCUUUGUGCCGCGUAAAUUAUUAUAGUAUUGCGGGAGAUAUAUUGCCGUGCGUUUUCAACCGCGGUCCUACUACGUACACGCCGACGCGCGUAUUUUACCGCCACGAUACUGUUUCGCAUGUGAUAUUUAUAUUUAAUUUAAUAUAUUAAAUCGUAUAUUAUUUUACGUGUGUGUGUGUGUGUGUACGCACGAUACCGUGCAAAAAUCUCGGGGCAAACAUCGGGACGGAAAAACUUAAUGGGAAAACGUGUUCCGUGCCGGUUUUCGCGAAAAUUCGUGUUUGCUAUGUUUUUUAUGUACCGACACGCGCCUACGUUUCGCAUACACUGUAAAUAAUCGUAAAUUAUUAUAUUGAUUCAACGCUGCUGUAAUAUUCAACCGUAUAUAGGUAUACAAUAUGAUCAUCGAAAAUGUUGUCCGUGUAUGUGACGAGUAAAAAUCAAUUAAUUUGACUAAAUUGCGAUUUUCGUCAACGUUGUAACGAAUGAGUACGCGCAUUUGUCGUUGUUGUUGACAUUGCACGCGGUCGUCACGCACACCAUCCUGCCGUGGCAGCGCUCGCGUAUUGCACUGCGUCAAUUCGAAUAACACGCGCGACAUUUUCGCGUCAUCUCGCGGUGCGCCCCCGAGUAAAACGCGUUCGACGUUUCUCCGCGGCUUCGGGUAAAUAACAAAAUUUGAAUACGGCUGGAAAUUUCGCGUCCACAUACGGGCCCGCAGUCUGUCGGCAUUUUUUUUUUUUUCGCGCGCGCGGUAUCGUCGCGUAUACCGCAUACGCGACGUGCCUUUACUGCGGUGCGCUGUCGGCAAAUCGUUAUAAAUCCGGAGGAAGUAAAGAGAAACAAACAAAAUAAAUAAUAAUAACGAGGAAAACAGACACUUGACGUCCAUUGGCCCUAUUGUGCGCGCGCGAUCCGGCGGUGAGGAGACGGAGGGUUAGAAGAUUCCGUUUAAAAAUGCUUAUUUCGGCGGUGCCCUUUAUGUAUGUGUACAGUGUACAUAAUGCGCAUGACGUGUAUACGAGAACGUUUCGCCUCCUCUCGGAAAAAAGGAAAUUGGCCAUUAUUGUUCGUCAUCUCUACUCCCGUACGCACCGCGGCGCAGCAUCAAGCGACCCAAAACGACGUGUAUUUAUCAUCGCCGUUGUCCCCGUCACGCCGAAUAACUUAUAAUGUACAGGACCGCUCGGAGGGUUCGAAGCGGGGUAAUCAACCGCACACGCGAAACGGAAUGAAUAAUAAAAGCGACUAUUUGAUUCGGCUAUUUUCGUUUUCUUUUGACAAAUUGCCGGCGUUUUAUUGUUUCGCUUUAUAUUAUAAGAUAUAGAGAUGGUGAAAAAAAAAAAAUAAUAAUAACAAUAACAAUAAUACGAAACGUCCCGUUAUUGUCGUCGCAGUUAAAUUCGUUCGAGAAUUUCUAAUAAACCGAGAAUUCUCUUUUGUUUUUAUCCCGUAACAAUAUUAGAUAUAAGUCAAUAUCCGUACAAUGGAUAGUAAACGCCGUUCUGUGACUACUUUUCUAUACGACUCCAAUAGAGUAGCGUUUUUAUUUUAUUUUUUUUUUUCGGCCGAAUGCCGGCGCCGCGUUUUAUUCCUGCAGCGAUAAUUUAUUGUUGUGACAAAUGUAGUAUAAGUGUUUAUUAAUAUAAUUGAAAUAAAACACAAUCGAUACGCAAUGUAAUAUAAUAACGAUAACGCGUACAAGUUUGUAAUUAAUGGUUUUCUUUUUUGAUUGUUUUUUUUUUUCUUUCAAUUGUGACUAUAAUAUUAUACAGUAUACGCCACAGACAAUAGUAAUAAUUACGUUUAAAUAUUUGACCUUGAAUCUGUUUUGUUUUUUUUUAAUCGUAUUACUAUGGAUACCCGUAUAUCCGCUGCGAAACACUGAAUUGUCCGUUCGUUAAUUAAAAUGUAUUAGUUAUUGCCCGUACUUAGAAAACGGACGGCGGAGUGGAGGCGAAAAGGGCGAUUGCUUUGGACCGCGGAAUUUCGAAGGCGGUAAAAUUAAUACGAUUUUUAGGCGGACAUUUUUAGAGGAGGCGAAAAUGGGAUGGAAACGGGCGUACCCACGUAAAUGUGUUCGGGAGGGGAGGGAGAGCACAUGCGUUCGCCCCGUACGGUCCUAGUUGCGCGACCGCGUCUAUACCCGCACAGGCGCGACCAACGUGUUUCAAUCGGCUAGUGGCGAAGUCGUAUACAACCAUCGCAACCAUCCCCCUCCCGUUCUAAACGUCUCCGAAAACCGUUGUGUUUUAACCGUUCGGUAAACCGAUAAUAUGCGGUCGCGGUUAAAUGUGUGUUUCGCGAGUGCGGUUUACCACUUGGAUAUUUCGACACUGAAACUGCAUGCGCGCGCGUACGGUAUUUUUCAAUAAUACCGUCUCGUUAAUUUACGGAAAACCGACGUGUUUCUCUCUCUCUCACUCUCUCUCUCUUUUUUUUUUUUUAAGCGAACGAUAACUGAUCGCGAAAUCGUCCCCGGUCCCCCGUCAUGCCGGUCGCCGUCGCCAUCGCCAUCGCCAUCGCGUCGCGCACGCCGGCCGGCGUAUUUGCGGAUAAUUUGCGAAUGAAAUAGGACGAGCGCGGCGUUCAAUACGCGGACGCCGCCGUCGCGGGCGACCGCGGACGCGCAUAAGUCGGUUUCGGGUCCGGGGUGUUUAUCGCGCGCGCGUUUGUAUUUAUUAUCAUUCGGAAUUUUUAUUUAUUUAUUUUUUUUUUUUUUUCGUAUUUAAUACGAUAUCCGUUCCGCGCGCGCCGAGGACCGUGCGCUGCAAUAACAAUAACAAUAUCGUACGCAUGGACGGGCAACCCGACCGGACCUCUAUGCGAACGGGGUUAGGCGUAACCCCUCCGGCCGCGCUCCCCCUCGACCCGCCCCCACCCUGCGACUCGCCGUUUCCGACCGCGCGGCACAGAGCAAAUAUUAUUUUUCAAUCGUUUUAUAAAUCGGCCAUCUUUGUCGCGCGGCAAAAACGGCGUCACAUUAUAUUAUAUACCCGUGUAUGUAUAGCCGGCGCUUUCUACCCGUCCCACCGCGUGUGCAGUGUACCCGUAGUAGACUUAUACUUUCCCCCUCCCUCCCCCCCCACUCGGUUUUUUUAUUAUUAUUAUUUUUUAUUUCCUAUACGUACGGUAUUAUGUGUACACGCGGAAAUGAAAUCGCCCGGGAUCCGUUUUUCGGCACGUACCGCACGGCGCGGCGGCGUACAUCGCUGCAGAUUAACCGGCAAUCAUCCGACGAGCAAACAGCCCCCGGACCGUUUCCGCAAUCGCAGCCCCGUAAAAUACAUUAUAAUAUUAUAAUAUAUUAUUAUUGUUCGGUACGUUGAUACGGUAUAAUAUACGACCCGCCCGGAUUGUGUAAAUAUUAUAGGUACGCAAUACUGUCUAUAAUCACGCCGCAGUCCAGAGACUAAAAUAUUAUAUAAAUACACGUAUACUUGUUCGUGUUUCGUACCGAACCAUACUGUAUCGUAGGUCUCGUCACUGCCCUCCACCCCCACCCCCCAAUCCCCCCGCAGUGGAAAAUGUUUCAGUAAAAAUAAUUCGCCACCGCUGUUCUGUACUUCGUUAGACCGUGGCCGACGGCGGACCGUAAAAGGCUCGACAGCUCGACGAUGUCACUCGAAUCGUGAAAGGGAUUGCGUCAGUGGAGCGUUAUGCGCCUUCGAGAAGGUAUAAUCGCAUCAUGAUUUUUAUCCGACAAGACGUUAUAAAAAUCCACGUUUCGGGCACACUGGUUCUAUAAAUUUGUUUCGAGCGUAAAAAAACGUUCUGCACGCCACCGCGGACCGGGCAAAGGAUCGUUUUUCAUUCGUUAGGUGGCCGUGAGAAAUUCGUUUACGUCCAGUGCGGAGUCUUGUAGUCAGUUCGAACUUUCUCGGACAGUCCGUGGGACAGUCUUAUUUAAUCUCGCGGAGUUUAGCCUACUCGAGGAUCUUUAACUUUCUCGCCGAGUGUAUUUUUUGGCAUUGAAAUCUGUAUAAUACUUUGGCUAUAUAAAUUAUAUAAGGAAAAACUCGGUAAAGCGAUUUUAUUUAGCGAUAAAAUGAUCGCUCUGUACACAAACGCCGUCACGGUUCUGGUAUAUAUUUCGUUAAAAACCAAAAAAAAAAAAUUAUAAUAAUAGAAACCGUACUAAGCCGUCAUCAUCGAAAACAGUUGAAUUUAUUUUUCAAUUAUUAUAGAAACUAUAUAUACAUAUCACGUGUGUAUACGAAAAAAAUGAUCUUUUUUUUUCUGUCGGAUUAAUACUAACCCUCGUCGGAAACGAUAUUAUAAUACCGUAUAUUUUAAAACCGUCCGACUGCGUAACUAAGGGUAACCUUAAAAAAAAAAACCGCGUUUUCGCGACAAACUAUACGGACGUCUCCCAGAUGUUUUAUCUUAUUGUCGGAUUUCCUAUUUUCUAUUGAAAAAAAAUGACCUACUGUAUAAAUUCCAUAAAAUAUACGUACACGGACGUAUCGUUUUAUUAUGUAGGGCUAUAAUGUAUUUUGAUAUUUUAUUGGGAUCGCUGCGCCUGAAUUGCCCGACGUGGAUGCUAGGCGUUUCCAUCCAGUGGUAGUAAAUAAUAAUAACUAUGGUACAUAUAAUAUCCAUCCCGUACAAUAGAUGGUUUAAAAAUACAAAAAAAAAAAAAAAAUUUAAUAUCGAAAUGUAUGUAUUUCAGCGAAGUUACGGGGAAAAACUUGAUGUAUCGAUUAGAAAUUUACUUUUUUUUUUUUUAGAUCCGGCUUUUGAAUUACCGACUCCCAUAGUCGGGUCGGGUAGAGAUGACGAUUUUACGAUAUUUAUUUUCGCUACAUCACCUCCCGUCGAAAAUUCCCGUACGCGCCACUGGGUGGCAGGUACGGGGAGAGACACGAUUUUAUAUUUUUUUAAAUUUUCUCUCGUUCAAUCGCGCAAACCCGUGCGUGGGACAGCUAGUGGGAACAUACAUAUAUAUAUAUAUAUAUAGGUAAGGUAUCUCCUAUAUAUUAUUAUAUACUCGAGAACGCGGGUUUUUUUUUUUUCGCACAGUAUACUCGCGGUAACCGAUUGAAAAAAAUAACAAACUAACGUGUACACUAUACAAUAUAAUAUAGCGUUAUUUUAACCUUUCGUGUGCGUAUGUGCGCGCGCGCAGUUAUAAUAAUAAUAUUGUAUGAAAAAAAAAAAAAAAAUUACACAUAUGUGCUCGGGAGUAGCGCGAAAUUGAAACGUCGCCGAGAAAGCAAAAUAACAACCGGCGGCCGGCAGUGAUCCGGUAUAAAUAAAUCACCGGACGCGUGUGUUGUUCUUUUGCGGCGCGAAACGUUAUUAUUAUUAUUAUUAUUAUUAUUUUGUAUUUUUUUCUGUAUUUCUUCUUUCCUCCAAACCUCCGAUCCGCGAUAGAAAUCUUCGUGUUUAAAUUAUUGUUAUAUACCAUGAGAAUCGCGGUCGAAUGCUACGAAACUUGAAAAAAAAAAAAAAAAAAAAAAUUCUAAAAAUUAUCCGCGAGAGACAAAUUCGCACUGUACGAACGGCGGCGGACAAUGACAUUAAACAAUAGCCGGCCAGCUCCCGAGACCCGAUUGUUACGAAUUAUCUGAAUUUCGGGUAACAAGUAAUAACGGGAUCCGUCCUAAAUCUUCUCGUGUCGUUUCGAAGUCUCCGAGUCCAGCGUAUAAAAAGACGGGGCUAAAACGGGGCGAACGAUUCCGAAUUUCGGACGAAACAAUUUCGAAUCGUUAACUGAUUCGUAACAUGAUUUUUAAGUAAGAAUUUCAGGUACCGGGGUUAAAGAAUAGCUCAAUAAUUGCGACCGUUUUAAACUCGUUUUUCGAAGUUCUUAACAUUACUCCCCGUUUUGCUUUCGAUUUUUUUGAAAAUCUCGAGGAAAAAUUACCCGAUCUGUUGAUCCUAUACUCGCGUUCCAUUGAUUUCAGUAUCGGUGUAUGCUUUCCGGAACUGGAUCGCGAUAUAGGAUGUACAAUUGUAUUUAAGAUACCUACGUAUUUAAAAUACUUGUAUCCAAGUUAAUAGUAUUAUAUUAUUGCUCCUCGAUCCUGUCAACGCUCUCGACGAGUUUAAUAAUUACAUCGUCGCCGUGCAAAAAGUGUCCGAUUUAAAAUAUGUAUGAACGAUUGAAAGAUUAAAAAUAAGGUUGUCAUUGGCAACCGUUUUUAUUUAUGUUUUGUUAUUAUUAAUUUUUUUUUUAAUAAUCAUUGUUGUCGCGGAAACGCAUACUGUUUUAAUCGUUUUACCAUAAUAUGACAAUACUAUGUACUGUAUUGUUGACAAAGCAACAUUAUCACAUGAACUCGGCUGAGAAUCGUUUUUUCGUUAGCGAUGGUUACCGCAUUAAAUUCCCGUGCGAAGUGUGUCCGUAUUUUUUUUUUUUUUUUUAUUAUUUUUCUACUUUAAUGAGAUUUUAAUAGGGAUAUUAUAAUGUCUCGACAAUUAUUGGGCGCAUAUCAUCGAGAAACAAACGUAAACGUUGGUAAAACUCACGCUACCGAAUUCGGAGGCCCGAUUGGAGUGUAAAGUUAAUGAGCGUGGGCAUGCACGAUUAUAUUAACAACGAAAUACAACACGUACAUUAAACGUACAUUAAAUUAUUUCGAAACGCACAUCAUUGACCGUUUCGUUUUUUUUUUUUUUUUCGUUAUUGUGUCCGCAGGUCAAAGUGUGGUUCCAGAACCGGCGCACCAAGCACAAGCGGAUGCAACAGGAAGAAGAGGCCAAAGUGCAGCAGCAGCAGUCGGGCGGCGGCGGCGGCGGCGGCGGCGGGUCCAAGAACUCGCACCACGUGAACAAGUGGAAACAGGAGACGCAGAACAGCGGGUCGGACGGCGAGAUGCACCACUACGAGGGUUCGCCGCGUUCGGGCCAGCACAUCAGGGGCGACGACGGCACGAUGCACUACAACGACGGGUACAGUUCCGAGGCGGACAGCGACGUCUAGACGUAUAAUAAUAACGUACGUAACACCCUGUACAUAAUUUUUUUUUUUUUUUUUUUUUUU